UUCCGGUCGCCAUCUUGACUGACAGCAGAGGCGGAGCUCCGACUAACAUGUUUCUUAAGAGCCGGGCUCCGAGGGCACCUCCCCGAGAGCUACUGAAUGCUAACCCCGGCAGGCGGAGGCGGGCAGUCGCAGCCCCGCCCCCGGCUUUGGGCUCCACCUCUCGGCCCCACUUCCGCCGGGCGAGGCGCAGUAGGCGUCGCUGCCGUAAAUCGGGCGAGCGGUUUGCCGCAUCACGGAAGAUGGCGGCCGCGGCGGUGAACGGGGUGGCGGGAGUCUCGAGCUCGGGGCCUGCGGCGGCCUCGGGCGCAGUCCUGCAGGCCGCGGCCGGCAUGUACGAGCAACUCAAGGGCGAAUGGAACCGUAAAAGCCCCAAUCUUAGCAAGUGCGGGGAAGAGCUCGGCCGUCUCAAGCUGGUUCUUUUGGAGCUCAACUUCCUGCCAACGACAGGGACCAAACUGACCAAACAGCAGCUCAUUCUGGCCCGUGACAUACUGGAGAUCGGGGCCCAGUGGAGUAUCCUACGCAAGGACAUUCCCUCCUUCGAGCGGUACAUGGCCCAGCUCAAAUGCUAUUACUUCGAUUACAAGGAGCAGCUCCCGGAGUCAGCCUACAUGCAUCAGCUCUUGGGCCUCAACCUCCUCUUCCUGCUGUCCCAGAACCGGGUGGCUGAGUUCCACACAGAGUUGGAGCGGCUGCCUGCCAAGGACAUCCAGACCAAUGUAUACAUCAAGCAUCCGGUGUCCCUCGAGCAAUACCUGAUGGAGGGCAGCUACAACAAGGUGUUCCUGGCCAAAGGCAACAUCCCUGCUGAGAGCUAUACCUUCUUCAUCGACAUCUUGCUUGACACUAUCAGGGAUGAGAUUGCUGGGUGCAUCGAGAAGGCCUAUGAAAAAAUCCUCUUCACUGAGGCCACCCGGAUCCUAUUCUUCAACACACCCAAAAAGAUGACAGACUACGCCAAGAAGCGAGGGUGGGUCCUGGGCCUCAACAACUACUACAGCUUUGCCAGCCAGCAGCAGAAGCCAGAAGAUACCACCAUCCCCUCCACGGAGCUGGCCAAACAGGUCAUCGAGUAUGCCCGGCAGCUGGAGAUGAUCGUCUGAGCCCACCAGGCACUGGGGUGGAGCAGAGCUUGCAUUAUUUAAGGCAGUUGCAGUUCAGGGUUUCCCCCAAUAAAAGUGGAUUGACAUUUUCUCUCUUA